AUGUGUCAAAGGGUAAAGAAGUCAAAAAAGCAAAGAAGGAUUGACCAGUUCAAGUUUGUCAGAGAUUUCUUACUUACCGAGAUCCACACUGGUCAUGGAAGAGGGAGCCAGAACAGGGAAGAAGAUGAACAGGAAAUUUACGAGGCCAACCAUGAAUUAGAGCAAAUCCUCAACAUGUUGCGAUUGUUUUUACAUCUUGAAAAGUUCAUGGCAUUCUCUUUGCUAGCUUGCCUAAACUGCUUUCUCUAUUAUUUCACUAUUGUUCCAGCACGAAUCAUUUAUAGCUGCUGUAAUAAGACUGGGCUACGGAAUGCUUACAAAGAGUACACGAUGGUUUUUCUAAUAUCAGGCGCUUCAAUAAUUUUAAGUGGCCUUGAUACAUCAAGAGUUUAUCAUCGCAUAAAGGGCCAGAGUGCCAUCAAGCUAUACAUGAUGUUUGGGGUAUUGGAGAUGUGCGACAAAAUGCUGUCUUCCGUGGGACAAAGUCUCAUAUUAGUUGUACUCACAAAAAACAAAAGACAUUCCAAAAUCGAGCUUGGUUUGCUGAACUUUGCUGCCUUAGUAUAUUUGAUUUGCCAUGCUUUCAUUUUGAUAUAUGAGACAAUUGCACUGAACGUUGCAGUAAACUCGUAUUCCAACUCGCUUCUUACAUUACUACUGUCAAUGCAGUUUGCAGAGAUAAAAGCAUCCGUAUUCAAGCGGUUUGACAAGGAAGGGCUUUUUCAAAUAACCAUUGCGGAUAUCAUCGAAAGAUUUCAACUUUUUAUUUUACUGACAAUUAUUGCGAUACGCAACCUUGUCGCUACAGGAAGAUCUCUUUCUACGCUAGUGCCCAACUCUUGGACGCUUCAUUCAACUUCCUCAGUCAUGAUAGGCGUUCUCUGCGGACCCAUGAUUACAGUUGUUGGCAGCGAAAUUGUCGUUGAUUGGGUCAAGCAUGCGUACAUUACUAAAUUCAAUAGAAUGAAACCUAAAAUUUACGACAGAUUUCUCUCUAUUUUAUGUCAUGACCACUCAACGAAUUUACAAAAAUUCCAGACUAGAAUCGGUUUACCUGUACCUGCGCUUGUGGUCCUAUUUAUUGUUCUGAUAAGGCCUACACUAAAACAGAACUUUGAAGAUUCAUCAGCGUCCCCAAUUGGAACUGUGAUUAUUUUUGUUCUUGGGUUUAUUUGUCUAAUGCUGUCAAAAUUUGUAUUGCAAUUAGCCCUGGCGAAGUGGGCACAAGCUCUCCAGGCUGCGGAAAGCGAUAAUUCUCAAGUAAAUUUCGAAGAAUUUUACGUUCCAGGGAUGCUAUCGUCGGGAAUGGGUAAAGUUGAUGAUGAAAUGCGAUCGAAAGUACACUCGAGAAGCUCUAAGUCUCAACCAGAGGAAGGUAUUCGUGAUAGUAAGAAAUUGCAUUUACCUCCAAGUUUAAAUGAAUUGAGAUCGAAGAAAGAUUCCAAGCAUCCACAUUCCUUAAACCAGGUAUCUCGUUACAAGAUGGUUUCUAAACGCAUAUGGUAG